CACCUGCGGUUGCUGGCACUUUGUGAGUCUAGCGAUUGUUGCGUCUGGUGCCCGCGGUCGGGAAGGUCUCUGUGGUAAACCACCAGUGUUCCAAUCUAUGAAGUUAAAGGUUCCCCCUCAACCUGCAUAUUUACCUGGGGAGAGAGUAUAUUAUCAAUGUAAUCCAGGAUAUUAUUAUUCCUAUUUUUAUGGCCUCAGCACCUAUUGUGAGAAAAAUAACUCCUGGUACCCUAUUGAUGAAGCUUGUUACAAAAAACAAUGUCCAACUCCCAAGGUUCCUAACGGUGAAGUCUAUGAGCAGUAUGAACCACAAACGGGCUUUCAGUUUGAUAAAGACGCUUACUUUUAUUGCAACUAUGGUUAUUAUUUAAAAGGUGAACCAAUUGUAACUUGUAAACUUUCUGGAGACACAGUGUAUUGGGGCGGUGAUAUCCCAACAUGUGAAAAGAUUUUCUGUGGAGAACCUGGAAUAAUAGAAAAUGGAAAACGCACAAAUAGCUGGAGGGUUGAAUUUGAAUUUAAUGAAGUAGUGACUUAUACUUGUGACCCUUCAGAUGGACCUCAGGAGUAUUCACUUGUUGGAGAGAGCAAACUUUCUUGUUCUGGGCCUGGCGAAUGGAGUAGUGGCCCUCCUCAAUGUAAAGUGGUACAGUGUGAACCGCCAGUACUCAAAUAUGGAAAACCAUUGUCAGAAAUGAAAGAAAAAUUUUUCUACAAAGAUGAGGUUGCAUUUGAAUGCCUGAAGGGUUUCUACCUUAAUGGCAGCAACCCAGUGUUCUGUGGUGGAAACAGUACUUGGGAGCCUGAGAUGCCCACAUGUAUUAAAGGUUUCAAGCCUACUCAUCCAACCAAACCUCCACUUUCAAGAUAUCCAGGAUAUCCCAAGCCUCUUGAAUCACCACCAAUUGAAGAGAUUUUCGAAAUAGAUCCAGGAAUCAUUGCUCUAAUUAUUCUCACUAUACUUGUUGGCAUUGCAGUAAUUUGCACCUGUGUGUACAAAUGUCUUCAAAGAGGAACAAAAGGGGUAAAUUAA